AUGGGCCUAAGUACACUUUCAAUGUAUUCAGAUUUCAAUACUGGAGAAUGGAAUAGCAUAAUUGGUAAAUAUUUCGGUUUACUUUUAAAAGAGGUUACAAAAAAGAAAAAUCAAGACCAUGCAGGAUUUAUUCCAAUCCACGAUUUUAAUAUUCGACAUAUAAACAUAACACAAAAGGUGGAGGAGUUGUACAACAUCAUUAAGCUAGCAGCUGAUCUUACAGUAAGAAUAACUGUAACCUACACAAGCACAGCUAGACCUAAGACUGUUGAAGAAUCAGUUCAAGAAUAUCCGUGUUCGAAUCAAAGAGGGACAAAUUGUCUGAGAACAGGGACAGGAACAAUAGUUGGUGUGUCCAAAUUUCAAGAUGAGGAUAAGAAAACCUGUCAGUGUAAGGUUUGUAAAGUUUCAGACACUCCACAAACCACCUGGUGGAGUGUGGGUGUGAUGACAGCCACCCACGUGGUGUUUGACGACAGCGAGGCUGAGAGUGCCACAUGCAGGCUGUUCUUUGACCAGGCGGACAGUCCAGUUGUGACGUUAGAUGGCUGGAGAAUGUGGGACAUGAGCAUCAAGGGAGACACCUGCAGAUUUUCUUGUGCCUCACAUGACAUGGAAUUGUACGAGAAAGUCCAACGCAUCUUCAAAAGUUUUCUUUUCUAUCCCAACAAGUUUGAGGAAAGCGUGUCUUUUAUAGUGUCACAUCCACAUGGCUGCUCAAAACACGUCUCUAUAGGAAAAUACAAACAAAAACGUAUUAAGCAAUUGCAUCUCCAUUACAUCGCAACAAAAUACUCUUAUGAAAUGAGUACGUGUCCAGGAAGUAGCGGGGCUUAUGUAUUCUCUAGUGAAAACUUGCUGGUACCUCACGUGCACAGUGGAUGUAGGGAGGGCAUCAAUUACAGUGGGGAAGGAUUUCAAGAAAAGUACUCAGACUGA